GUGUCUGACUUUCCUCAAUUUAAUUUUGUGGAAAAUGUCGUAUCUACUCCCUUUUUAAAGUACCGCGAAGUUGCUUGUCAUGUCCAAGUACCAUUCUCUUACUUCUAAGAGUUGAUUUUUCUAUAUUUUGCAUCAAAGAUUUAGAGCAAUUAAUUAGGCAUGGCUGAUGCAUUGUCAGAAGACCAAAUUUCUGAGUUUCGUGAAGCCUUCUGGGUUAUCGAUAAGGAUUGCGACGGGGUGAUAAGAAUGGAGGAACUUGCGGCAGUAAUCCAAUCUUUAAAUGAACAUCCAACUAAGGAAGAGAUACAAGAAAUGGUAAACGAAGUGGAUCCUGAUGGUGAUGGCACUAUUGAUUUUGAAGAUUUCUUGAAUAUCAUGGCUAGAAAGCUCAAGGACAACGUAUCGGAGGAGUUAAAAGAAGCAUUCAAAGUAUUUGAUCGAGAUCAAGAUGGAUUUAUUUCUGCUAAUGAGUUAAGAAAUGUGAUGAUGAAUUUGGGAGAAAGAUUGACAGAUGAAGAAGCCCAACAGAUGAUCAGAGAGGCAGAUCUUGAUGGAGAUGGUCUCGUUAGCUAUGAGGAAUUUGUUAAAAUCAUGAUAAUUUAAUGAUUUUUUUUUCUUUUUUGUAUAACUCUUCUCUUAUAUUCUUUAGGACUACUUACAGAUAAAUAGCUUUCUACUAUCGUCUUUUGUCCUUUUUGACGAGAGAAAAAAAAAAUAGUGCUAUAUUUAAGAUAAUUGUAUGUAUUCAUAGAAUAACUUUUUAAUUCAUCCUAUUUCAUCAAA